UUUACCAAAAUUUCUUCAAAAGGUGCUAAGUUUUUUUCUUAUCAUCAUGUAUGUGUGGCAUUAUGGUACCAAGAAACGUUAUGAUUUUGAGGUGCACAGAUGGUUUCGAUGGCAUGGAUUCUUGGGCUUGGUCCCAGUUUAGGACUAGUUCGUGUCCCUGGAAUCGGACUCGUUUACUCUGAACUAGCAAGAAGAGUGCCCCACAUUUUUUCCCAUUUUAUCACAAACCUUCCUGCCAUCCGUUCAAUAGUUGUUUUUGUCUGUGUGAAGUACCUUCCCGUCCACGCAGUUCCUGAAGGAGAGAUGAAUUUCCGUAUGUUCCGUGGUGUUGUAAGAAAACUCUUUGACAGUCUUUCCACAUUCGUCCGGCUUGAGUCCAUGAUGGAUGGGGGUUCAGACUCAGAUGACUACAGUAUAUAUGACCAGGAAACUGAGCAGCAGAGUGAUGUUCUUCUGAAUCAAACUGGCAACUCAGUGCCAUUGAACGUGGAUGGAACAAUUUCAUCAGGAGAUUCAAUCAGGUCUAUUAAUGGCCAUCUGCAUAGUAACAGGGUCGUCGCAUCAUCUGGUCUUCUAAGCAGCCCAUCUGAGAUAAAUGGGUUAGAAUUUAUGGGUGUCUGUAGAGAUGCAGGUGUUGUUCACAUACUGGGGAAUACAGAGGUUCUGGCACGCAGGGAUUCAAACUUCUAUAAGAAAACAACUGUUGAUUAUAUAUAUAUAUAUAUGCUUUUCUUAGGAAGAUAUGCAGACAGAACAGUGCAGCUCUAAAUGUUCCUCGUGAAAGUCUCUUAA